UUCUGCCCCUCGCCCAUGGCGUCGCCCGCCGCCGCCGCGCCGGCCCCACCGAACCCUAACCCCGUCCCCGACGACCCGCCGCUGCCGCCGUCGCAGGAGGAGGAGGACGAGGAGACGCCGGAUGCGGAUACAUCAUCGCCGCCGCCGCCGCCGCCCGCCCCAACCACCUCGAUCGAGCCCACCCCGUCCGGCGACGAGGAGAGCGAGAGCGACGACUCCUCGUCCGUCUCGUCGGCAGCCUCCUCCGUCCCCGCAGCCUCCGGGGGCGCGGCCGAGAGGCCGUUCCCCGCGGCCAAGGACCUGCUCCACAUCUCCUUCAACCAGGACUACGGCUGCUUCGCGGCGGGCACCAAGUCGGGCUUCCGCAUCUACAACUGCGACCCCUUCCGCGAGAUCUUCCGCCGCGACCUCGCCGCCGAGGGGGACGGCAGCGGGGGAGGGGGCAUCGGCGUCGUCGAAAUGCUCUUCCGCUGCAACAUACUUGCGCUCGUCGGCGGCGGCGAUAACCCCCACUACCCGCCCAACAAGGUCAUGAUCUGGGACGACCACCAGAGCCGCUGCAUCGGGGAGCUCUCCUUCCGCUCCCCCGUCCGCGGCGUCCGCCUGCGCCGCGACCGCAUCAUAGUGGUCCUCGAGAACAAGAUUUUCGUGUACAACUUCGCCGACCUCAAGCUCGUGCACCAGAUUGAGACGGCGCCCAACCCCAAGGGCCUCUGCGCUGUGUCGCAGCAGCCUGGGUCGAUCGUGCUGGUUUGCCCUGGUGUGCAGAAGGGGCAGGUUAGGGUGGAACACUACGGGGCAAGGAAGACCAAGUUUAUCAAUGCACACACUUCCCGUGUUGCGUGCUUUGCGUUGUCGCAGGAUGGGAGGCUGAUUGCUACUGCUAGCACCAAGGGAACGCUAGUCAGAAUCUACAAUGCUGCCGAGGGCAAUCUUCUGCAGGAAGUAAGGAGAGGUGCUGACAGAGCAGAAAUAUAUAGCUUGGCUUUCUCAAAUAAUUUGCAGUAUUUGGCUGUAUCCAGUGAUAAAGGAACAAUUCAUGUGUUCAAUCUAAAGAUAAAUGUGGGAUCGACCGCAAAUGAUAAGCCUAUGCCUGCUCCAGAUCCUGAAGUUCCCCAUAUAAGUCCUCCACUUUCCUUCAUUAAGGGUGUGUUGCCGAAAUAUUUCCACUCUGAGUGGUCAGUUGCUCAAUUCAGACUCCAUGAGGGUGAGCAGUAUAUUGUUGCAUUUGGACACGAAAAGAAUACCGUGGCAGUUGUUGGUAUGGAUGGAAGCUUCUACAGAUGCCAGUUUGACCCCGUUAAUGGAGGAGAAAUGCUGCAGCUAGAGUGCUACAAUUUCCUAAAACCGUCGGAUCAACAGUAGCAACAUAAUCAUCAUCAAUUCAUCUCCCUUGUACCAGAGGAUUGUACAGUAUCUUUGUGCGCUCCCGUUCAUCCGAGAGCUAAGCGAAAGCUAAUAUUUUUAUUUGUAAAUAUAUCUUGUUGGUUCCAAAGUAUGCUCUGUGGAGGGUUAAAACACCCUUUUGCAGAUGAACAUGUCAGCAUGCAUCUUUAUUUUAUGAAUAAAAAGUAGCCUAACGAUGUUUCUAAUCAA